AUGGCAAGCACCCGAUAUCCCACGUCAGGCACCUCUGAUGCGCAGGCCAGUGACUCGCAGCAAACACUCAUGUCCGACUCGUGGUGCGUCUUUUCCGACUGCCCCGAGAUCAAACUCAGCUAUCCCGAUGCGUAUACACCGUUGCUCGCCGCAACCCCCAAAUCACCGCCCAUAAAGCGCCGGUACAUGGUCUCUCCCCUCAAGCCGCACACUUCUCGCUUCAUCGAGCACCUGGCCGAGUGCCCGCGCUUCACGGGACACCAUGACGAGGACUACCCAGAGGACUGCUCGGAAUGCUCGGGCUGCUCGCUAGAUGAGGACUACUCGCUAGACGAGGACAGCCUGCCGGACGAGAACCGCCCACUGCCUGCUCUACCGCCUCCUCCGCCGCCGCCUCCCCCGCCGCCUGCUCUACCGCCUACUCCGCCGCGUGCUCUGCCGCCGCCCGUGGAGCCGCGCACGCGCUCCGUCGGGUACGUCGUCGGGUACGCCGUCGGAAGCGUCGUCGGGAGCGUCGUCGGGAGCGUCGGGAGCGUCGUCGGGAUCGUCGGGGGCAUCGUCGGGGGCAUCUCCGAGGGAGUCCGCACCCUCACCAGCGACUGGCUGUGUUUCUGGCGACGGCCGCGAAACCGACUGCAGAAGAAGCCCAGCCCGUUCCGGUUCCAGCCCCAAUCCCUCAAGUUCCUUGGGUGCAACUGCCAUUUUAUUGGUGGUGGGUGUGACGGCAGGUGA